UGUGUAUUUUCCAAAUACAGUAGAUACAUAUGAAUCAUAACCCAUCCUAAAACAUGAGUCAUUAAAAUGUUAAAUCAAAGGCUCCUUGUUGCAUGUGUGAAAAAGCCAGGCUAACAAGCCACAUCUGGGGGAAAUCUGUCUUCCUCCUUUGCUUAAAAAAUAGUUUUACAAAAAGAAUAAUGACAAAAACAAGACAAGGACCUAUUUCUUUAAUACCAGCAGAUCAGAACAUUUCCUCAAAUGAUAUUAGCAUGUGAUGUUAUAUUUAUGAGCCAUACAAACAAUAGAAUUGUAGCUGCUGGAACGAUCAAUGCAAUGCUGUGGAUUCCUCAAGCCUAUUCCUGUGUUGACAGGAAAUGUGGGAUUCUGCAAAGUAAUAUAAGAUGAACUUUUUAUCAUUUAACUUCAGCAAUAGAGGUUAAUAUAAAUUCUGUCUGGCAUCAUCUUACAAAUCUAUACAUACAUCUACACUACCUACCAAUUAGCAUGCUUGUAUUCUUGGAAGUACAGUAGAGUAAAAGCACAGAUUUAGUCGCUCGUUGCUGAAGCUAUAUGUCCCUUUAAAUUUGAGACAUCUGCGUGCACACAUGCUGCUGCUAUCUUUAGCCAGGUUCUAUUUAUAAAAAAUCAAAGUGCAGUCAGUUCAACAACACAACUCUAUCCUGCGGGGCAUGGGAAAUCUUCACAAUGGGAAUGGCUCCAUCAUGCUUUUACAUUGUUUUCAGGUAAAAGCUGUUUGACUUGGUUUAUUUGUCUUCCCUGUAUAUUGUAUUUAAAAAAAUAAUCAGUGCAAAGACGGAUAAAGGUCCUGCAUUGCUCAGACUGCAAUAAAAACAAAAGCUGGGUCCUGCACUAUGGCCACAUUGCAUGUUAAAGUGGAAGACAGCCUUUUUGCCAUUGACAAGGUCUUGCUGUCAGAGAACUGUGAGUAUUUCCAUGCUCUCUUCGAGUCAGGGAUGCGAGAAUGCCAGCAAGAGGAAAUUCACCUGCUGGGGUUAAGUGCCAGGGGGUUUGAUAUCAUGCUUAAGGUCCUGGGAGGGGAGAGACCUGCUCUGGACUGUGAUGAAAUCAUUGAGGCCGUAGAAUGUGCCGCGUUUUUACAAGUGAAGUCGCUUGUCAAACAUCUAAUUAAUUUAGUUAAUUCCAAUAACUGCAUUGAGAUGUAUCACGCUGCCUCCACGUAUGGCCUGCUGGAUCUGUACCACAGAUGUGCUCUGUUCAUUAGGGACAUGUAUUCGGAUUUAAAAGAAGCUUUGGAAUGUCUUCCCGUGGAUCUUCUGGACUAUAUUGACUCUCUCAUUCCCAGUACAUUUAUUGCUGUUGGGGCCUAUUCACCCACCUUUGUGCAAGAUUCCUUGAGGUCUGUUUGCUAUUUGGAUGAAGACAGCAAGACGUGGAAAACCUUAACUGAUUUGCCAGCUGAAGCAAGCACUGCCCUGGCAGGUGUCACUGUCUUAGACAACAAGCUGUACAUCGUCGGAGGGGUCUAUGGUGUCAGCAAGCAGGCGGUGGAGUUAAGUUUCUGUUACGAUCCUGAAAGAAAUACCUGGAGCCACUUUUCCAGCCCUCAGCAGCUUCGCUACAACCUGACGUUGAUGGGACACAACGGUUACCUUUACGCAAUAGGAGGAGAGUAUGACAGAAGGAUUAUUUCGUCAGUGGAGAGAUACCACGUCUCAACAGACACGUGGUCUUUUGUCUCGCCCCUGCCACGGCCUGCCGCUGGGGCUGCGUGUGCCCAGGCGAUGGGAAGGAUGUUUGUUUGCUUGUGGAAGCCAAUUGACACAACAGACAUUUAUGAGUACGACCCUGAUAGAGAUCAGUGGCUUCUCAUAACGACUUUAAUAAGGCCACAGAGUUAUGGACACUAUAUGGUGGCCCAUAGGGACAACCUUUACGUGAUGCGGAACGGCCCAUCUGAUGAUUUUUUGAGAUGUAUGAUAGACUGUUUUAAUAUUACCACCCUGCAAUUGACGGUGAUGGCCGGGCAGUAUGUGAACAGCAAAGGCGCCCUGUUCACAUCUGCGGUCAAGGGGGAUUCUGUGUUCACAGUAAACCGAAUGCUGACCCUUGUUUAUUCUGUGGAGGAGAAAAUGUGGAAACCCAAGAAAGAAAUGCAGGGCUAUCGAUGGUGCGGCUCCUUGCUGACAUGCUUCUUGAGACUACCAAAGACGAGCAGUGAUGACCUUUCCACUGACUGUAUAAUCCACACAGGUCAGCAAGAGCCAGAGGAUAUCAAAACCUAAUGUGAGCUGGACCUGAACACAGCCACUACGUACUGUCCCAUCCUCUUUCUGGUGCACCAGGGCUUCUGAAGUUACAAUAUGAAACAGCAUCCCUGACAAACAGAAAAUACACGGACUGGGUUUAGAAAGGAGGUUUGACGUCACCUGCCUGUAUGAAAGGCAAGACUGAAAGCGAAGCACGAAAAGCAAACAAAAUAUCAAAAACUGCCAUUUCAGUUAAGGCUUCUAGCACUUCAGAAUAACUAGAUGGUCAGACAGGCCUCAGUCUACUUGGGUUAACCAAGGACACAUGUUUCUGAAAAUCACAGAUAUCAGAUAUAAAUGAAGUAGUGCAGUCAUCUUUUUUUAAAGGAUGUUGCUUGUUUUCCAAACAACAAAGCUGUUAUCUCCAAAACACAUUUACUUUCCAAUAGCCCUGUGUAGAGACAUAUUGCUGAAUAAUCCUAUAGCAGUUUUCUUAAACUCCUGUGUGAAAAUUGAAGUGUCUGAAAUGUUUCAAUUUAUUCCCCACAACACUCUCUCCUGAUUGACUCCUGAACUGUUUGUUUUUUUGUAGGCGACGACGGAGGCACGUGUUUCCCACUGCUGUGCUCAGUGGCUUCUUCAGUUUUUUUUUGUGUGUGUGUGUAUUGGCUUGUGUAGAUUGUUUGAUACAUGUCUCCCUGUACUCUCUGUGAACACGGAAACAAAUGUUCCAAACACUUAGGCCAUUAAAACUUCCUGUUUUCCUGUUUUGAUAACCAACACCUCAUUUUAUAAACCACAGGUCCCUGGAGUCGACAUUCCAGAAAAAAUCCAGUCUGAUUUCGGUGGCAGGGCGUAAAGUCUCUGCAAUUACCAGAGCACUUUGGCAACGAUUCUCUUUCAGUGUUCAAUGUGUGAUGUUAGUUGCAUUGGUCCAGAAGUAAACACUGCUGCAGUUGAAUUAUUUUACUGGACCAACAUAGAAGUUGAAAAUACACAAACUUGCAGGUGCAAAGUGGAUUUGAGAAGAGCUAGUGUAGAAGAAAAUAAAGAUGUUAUUUGGUUGUGCUUCCUUUCUGCUAGUUCAUGCUUUCCGUUAUGGCAAAAACAAAAUGGUCCAAGGGCCUGAUUAGCUAGUCAGUUGUGUUGUUAGGUUUCCUUUAUUGCACUACCAGUCUGCUGUUUUCAUUUCCUAGACCUGUCUGGAGGUCUGCAAUAUCGCAGAGUCUAAAGUGCAAGAGCUUUUACCUGUAGGAGUUAUUGCAUUUGAUGUACUGUACAUUUCUUUGCUAGUUCCUUGCUAAUAAAUCAUUUGCUGGAGAAGGAAUGUAACCUUAAAUAAAGCAGGUUUUUAUUUUCUCUUAUUACAUUAUAUAAGAAGCAAGCUAAUAAAUUCUGUGCAAAAAAAUUCCAUCCUCCAAGGAAAAUAUGGCCGGGAGAUAGCUGUUCUUCAUGCGGGCUCUUUACAAUCGGAGUGUGGGUGUGUUAAUAAUAACAACAUGAUAAAAGAAAAGCCAGCAAAUCGCAAGAUAGAAAUCUUUAAUAGACUCUUUUUUUUUUAACUUCCUCAGAUGUCCUUUGUAACAACACUUUUGUUAGGGAUUCCAGUUAAUUCUGUAAAUCAAUCCAGCCUGUAAUCCUAAACAUACAGUUGUAACAAGACUGCUUUUUGUGAAAUUAAAAAAAAAGACCAGUAAAAUGUGUUAUAGGAGCGAUAUCAUCCAGAACUAUGAAACAUUAAAUAGUACUGCAUAUUAAAAAA